AGACCGGCGAGUCUUGUUUUUUUUCAAUUUAUCCCCGAGGAUUCUCACUCGACGUCAAUCAAGCAGAUUAGACGAAACGAAGCCCCCUACCAAGUUCAGUGUCGAGCCUCAGCAUCGUUCAAAUCACGUGCUCAGGAUAUAUAAAGGAGACCGAAGUGUUACGACUUUGCUGUCGGUCCAAAACGCCUGAGGAAUCAACUUGCACAUUAUCUUUUUAACGAUAAAGUCUACGCUUCGUUUCGUACGAAAUGGCCAACCCGAAUCCAACCAUCAAAUACACGCAGAUUUUUAUCAACAACGAAUUCGUAGAUUCUGUGAGUGGUGAAAAAUUCCAGACGAUAAAUCCAACAAACGAGGCUGUUAUAAUUGAAAUAUCAGAGGGAGAUAAGGCUGACAUCGACAAAGCAGUGGCUGCAGCGAAAAAAGCUUUCGCGAGAGGAUCGGUAUGGCGUGAGAUGGAUGCUUCGGCCAGAGGAGUUUUGAUAAGCAAGUUGGCCGAUCUUAUCGAACGCGAUCAAGAGUACAUUGCCAACAUCGAGACCCUCGACAAUGGAAAGACGUUCGCAAGUUCCCUCGGCGACAUAGAAGCGAGUGUAGGAACUUUGCGAUACUAUGCUGGCUGGUGCGAUAAAAUACAUGGAAAUACUAUUCCGACUGACGGAGGAAAUUUCUCCAUGACGAUCAAAGAACCUGUUGGUGUCGUCGGGCAAAUUAUACCAUGGAAUUAUCCCCUGAUGAUGUUGGCAUGGAAAUGGGGCCCAGCACUCGCGGCCGGAUGUACGAUUGUGCUCAAACCAGCUGAGCAAACUCCCCUCAGUGCACUUUACGUUGCUUCUCUCGUUAAAGAAGCCGGAUUCCCACCAGGCGUCAUUAACGUCGUACCCGGAUAUGGACCCACGGCUGGUGCUGCACUUGCCGAACAUCCUGACGUCCGCAAAAUCGCUUUUACCGGCUCAACUGAGGUUGGACACAAAAUAAUGGCAGCUUCAGCGAAAAGUAACUUGAAGCGGGUUACUCUGGAACUCGGUGGGAAGAGUCCGAUUGUAAUUUUCGAGGAUGCUGACAUAAGCGAGGCCGCAAGCGUCGCUCACGAAGCUCUUUUCGGAAACCACGGACAGAGUUGUUGCGCCGGAUCCCGAACGUUCGUGAGUUCCAAAAUCUACGACGCGUUCGUCAAAGAAGCAACGAAACUGGCGGUUGCGAAGAAAGUUGGCGAUCCGUUCGACGCGGAAACGGACCAAGGGCCACAAAUCGAUCAAGAAAUGUUCGACAAGGUUAUGGGUCUCAUCGAGUCUGGUAAGGCCGAGGGCGCCACAGUCGAAACAGGCGGCGCUCGUGAUGGCUCCGUCGGAUUUUUCAUAAAGCCCACCGUAUUUUCGAAUGUGACCGAUGACAUGAGGAUCACGAAAGAGGAAAUAUUCGGUCCGGUUCAAUCGAUCCUGAAGUUCGACACGAUGGAGGAAAUCAUUGAAAGAGCGAACAAUACUUUCUACGGUCUGGCUGCUGCGGUCAUCACCAACGACAUCAACAAAGCAUUGACCUUCGCUCGAUCCGUUGACGCCGGAAGUGUUUGGGUCAACUGUUACGAUGCCAUCACUCCUCAAACUCCGUUCGGAGGAUACAAAAAAUCUGGAAUCGGCCGUGAAUUGGGGGAGGACGGCUUGGAAGGUUAUCUCGAGACGAAGACCGUUUCCAUCAAAUUACCAAAGAUCAUUUAAGCUCCCGAAGUUUAUGGUUGAACAACACCGAGCAAAAAACUCUCUUUACGAACGCUUUAUUAAACGAAUAAUCCCAUUUAAGGAAGAAUGUAUUUUUACGAAUAAAAUGACUUUUGCAUUGA